AUGUGGGAUGUGGCCUGGACAGACCCAAAACGAGAGCUAGUGGGCGAGCAUCGCGGGAGAAAGGACAAAGACAGGAGUGUCAAGGACAAGAGCCUAUCUCGAAACUCGGUCUCGACAACAAGCUCAAAGACAUCUACUCACUCUACGCUUUCUCGUCUUCGGGCCAGAGCGCUUCGAUCCUCUUCAAAAGAGUCCCCUAGGCAGAAUAUAUAUCCGGACUCUGGGCCUCAGACUCCCGAUCGCUCCUUCAACAAUCGCUCUCCAUCGGUGAUGUCAGAUGCUGAGCAGAGACAAGUUAGUGGCCGCCCGAUCCUCAGCUGCUCUGACUUGCAAGUAGAAGCUACAUCACAGAAUGGAUUUAACUCAGUGGGGCGAAGCAAGUUUGCUGCCGUUAAAAAUACCAAAAACAAAGGACUAGCUCCAGAAACAUCAGCCACGAUUGAGUCGUGCGCUAGGCAGUCAAAUGACAGUGACGUAUUUUCGACAAAAAGAAGGGAGAAAGAGGAACCUAAAUCUACAGGAUACAGAAAUGGAAAUUCGAAGCAGCCUAAUGGGGCCGGUAUCUGGCCGCAGCGCCCGCUUGAUCUCCAAAGCCCUAUAAGACAGUCGUUUGUAGCCAGUCCCUUGGUGUCGCCCAAGUCGCCAUCCAGAGUCCCUGGGUUAAGCCCAGCACUGCCGCAGGAUGAGCCAGUAAAGGUGGUACCGCCCAUGAGAUCUCAAAUACGACUACCACCCAAGCCAGCCCAGGAAUUCUCUCCUAUCAACGAUUUAUCCUUGUGGCGCAGCCCGAGAGAAUGGAGUGCGGCGACAGAAAUGGGAAACACAGUCCAAAUGAUAGAGACAGUGACCGGACUCAGAGCCAAGGAGCUAGAAACCACCUCCUUCGAGAUGUCGCCCGAGUCGUGGGAUCUACCGACAGAGGUGAAGCAGAUGGCCCAAGCGAAGCCUUCAACCGCACUAUCCAAGCUGAAAGCGUCGGCUGAGAACGCUUUAAGCUUGGAGGAGACCCAAAAAAUCAAUGGGGAGAAGAAAAGAUGGAUGCUCUCUGUCUUACACCAUCUAGAUUGUGGCAACAGACACGAUUCGAAUGAUUCAAGCACACUGAGGAACGGACUCGAAAUACUAGAACAGGCCAAGUGUCGAAAGAUUUUGGCGGCAUAUGAUCCUAGAUUUUCGGCACGCUACUUGGCUGCGUUGUGGCCCGAAAACACAAUUCAUCACCUAUCCGACAACCCACUCUCCUCCGACUCAGCAUCCAAUAUUUGCGCUGUUUAUAGUCCGGAUGCAGUCUCGCCCUUCCCUGGGCCCCUCCGUAAUUUUGACGCUGCUUAUUCCAUGACACUGCCUUCUCUCUGCCGCGAGUCGGAUAUCCCGGCCGUUCUGAACAAUAUCAACAAAUGCCUUAGGUCCGGAGGGGUCUAUCAUUUACUAUUGAUAGACCCUAUACCUAACACUGAUGCGCUGGGAAAGAACAUGAGAGCUUGGUUUAGGAAUAACCUGCUACAAAAACUUAGGCAGCAGUCGCGAUGUCUCAGUCCCAGCUACAUCUUUCCAAAAGCCCUGGGGGAAUCGUCACUGCGGGGGCAUGGGAGCACCUUGACAACCACGAAGUUCUACGCGAACCCUCAGAAUAUCUGUCGUAGGCAGGACGAAACCGAUGAUGAAGCGAAGCGGGAGAGGGAAGGCAAAGAAACCAGGGCCGAGCUCAGGAGUAUUGUUGGUCGUAUGCUCUGGAGAGAAGUUUGGGGCGAGUUUGUUACGUCAGACACUUGGUGGUGGGAGGACCCGGAUUGCAUGCGGGAGUGCCUUGAACUGGGCACUUUCUGGGAAUAUUACUCAAUCCAAGCUGUAAAAUCAAAUUGA